AUGCUUCGUCGACUAUCCGAGGCGUCGAGCCUGUUCUCGCGCGGCCCGCCAACCUCGACCGACCCUCCACCACCCCUCCCUUCCUCCGACUCGAGCCAUUCCCUGUCGUCCGCCGCCUUGACCGAGGCCCUCUCGUACGACCUCGUCACAUCGCCUCAGCCGACUCGCGUCGCCCACGCCCAGGACGACCUCCGCCACGCGCUCGACGACCUCCAGCAGGCCUCGCCGAGCGACGUCCAGAGCCGGCUCUCGGCCCUCGCGACGAUCCAGCUCGUCCUGCAGGAGCACGACGUGCAGGACGUCCAAGGCGCCUUUUCGACGCUCGGCGGGUUCGAGAUCGCCGUCGGCGCCCUGGCCGCCAUCGACGGUGCGCCUCGUGCCGCACGAGCCCGGAGCGAGGAGGGUGGCGACGUCCGCGAGUCGACUCUUGCCUCGUCUCGCGAGUUCAACGACGACGACGACGUCCGCUUCCACCUCGCGACCCUCAUCCUCCACGUCCUUCAUCUCGCCCUGCGCCUUCCCGCCAACGCCGACUCGCUGUCGUACUCCGCCCUCGCCUCAGCUCUCGACCUGUCGGGCCUCCUCGCGCCCUCCGCGUUGAUCGACGAGAAGGCUCGUAGCCUGUCGCUCCUCUGGGCGUUCCUCGUCGGCGACUUUUCCGAGGGCGCGAGCGCGGUCCUCGUCGUGCGCUCCCAGGUCGUCGAGCGACUCGACCGUCGUCGCGACGAGGGCGACCAUGUACCGUCGACGGCGCUCCGGGCGGCACGCGAGAUUGUCGCCGCCCGACGAGCGCAAGGUGUCGUCGAGGCGGCCGUCCACCCCGCCGCUGCAGCGCUCCUGCUCGACCUCGUCGACUCGCACCUCGACCCGACGGUCGACCCCGAGGUCCAGUUGCGCGCGACGGCCCUCGCACUCGUCACGAGCCUGCUCGAUCGGCGAGACGGCGAGAAGGGCGCGGUCGGGUUGGGCGAGGCGGGCCUGCUGCGCGCGGCGCUCGGGCGGGUCCUCGGCCCGUGGGAGGGCGACGACGGCGGGCGGGCCAGGGUGGAGGGGGAGGAGCGCGAGAUCUGGGUCGAGAUGACGAGGGCGCUGCUCGGCAGCGUCGGCGCAGCGACCGAGGCCGCGCGCCGGCUGUUCGACGCGGCGGGAGGACGCUCGGGCCUCGACGACGAGCUCGUGCAGCUCAUCCUCGACGCCCUGCCCGGUUCGCGUGCGCCGCCAUGCAUCGAGUUCGACUUUGGCCACACGGCGUCGUCCGACCUGUCGCUGCGGUCGCUCGGUCGCGCCUUUCCGCCGUCGACUCACGGCUACACCCUCGUCGCCUGGAUCAGCAUCGACGCGCCGCCGACCUCGGCUCCCCUCACAAUCUUCGGCGCCACCGACCCGUCCUCGCGCACUUUCUUCGAGCUGUCUCUUCUCCCCUCGAUGCGCCUCGCCGUCCAGACGAGCCUGCGUACCCCUCCUGUCGAGUUCGCCGCCUUCACCCUCCCCGCCGACACGUUCCACCAUGUCGCGCUCGUCCACCAACGCCCCAAGUUCGUCGCGCAGUCGAUGUGCUCCCUGUACGUGGACGGCGAGCUCGUCGACUCGGUCAAGGUCGCCUAUCCCGCCUCGCCUCCGCACGAGUGGGACGUCCAGGCCUGGUUCGGUACGCCGGGCGAGCGAGCCGCCGCGCCGACACGCUCGAGACAAGACGCACGAGCUACGGCGCCGAGGUGGAGGCUCGGGCCGAGCUGGCUCGUCCACGGCGAGCUCCAGGGCGACUUUCUCGAGGUGUGCUCGCGACUCGGCCCUCGCUACGCCGGCACGUUUCAGGACAUCCUCGGCCGUUUCCUCACCAACUCGUCCGCCUCGGCGCUCAACAUCCGCCUCGACGCCCUCUCGCGCGACUCGAUCCCGACUCGCGGCAGCUCGGUCAUCGCCUCGUCGCCCCUCAUGUACGCCCUGCGCCACCGAGGCUCGGCUGUCGUCCCCGAGCACCGCAUCUACUUCGCCCUGUCGGCGAGGAACCUCCUCACGUCGCCCGCAAGCGCGAGCGAGACGGUCAAGCUCGCCGCAGCGGCCAAGGGCACGGCGAUCGUCAACGCCGCCAUCCCGUCGCAGGUCGACGAGGUUGUCGUGCGCCUGAACGGGCUCGCGCUCGUCGAGAACGCCGCCGUCGUUCGCCGCGGCGCGCUCGACGAUGCACUGUGGGCGGCGGGCGGGACGACGCUCCUCCUGCGGUGGAUCGAGAAGGCGUCGACGGCCAAGCAGCUCGAGAUGUCGGUCGGUGUGCUCGUCGAGGCGCUCGAGGACAGCUGGCGCCUCUGCGAGGAAGCCGAAGAACGUCACGCGUACGAGAUCCUCGCCCUGCACCUGCGCGCCAAGGCGAGCCUCGUCACCGCCGUCGUCCACGACUCGAUCCUCGGGCUCGUCGGCUUCGACCGCGACUCGCCGGCUCGGUCGGUCGUCACCAACACGCUCGCCUUUCAGCACCUCGUCCUCGACUUUCAGCUUUGGCGCGAGGUCGACCCGUCCGUCCAACGAGCGCACUUUGACCAGCUGCGGCGGCUCAUCACGACGAGCGACCUCUCCGAGUACAACCUCAAGAAGCUCACCAAGUUCCACGUCGUCCGCAAGAUCGUCUCGGCGGUGCGCAGCAAGGCGUUCGAGGGCGCGGUCGCCGACGAGGUCGUCGACUUUUUGAUGCUCGUCGUCCGCUCGGCGUUUACGACCGACGUGGUGCGGUACCUCGCCACGUACUUGGGUGCAGCCCUCACGACCAACGCUCGGACCGCCUCGAGGCCUGCGUCGACAUCCAUCGACAGCGACAGCCACUUUGUCCUGAUCGUCGGCGACAGCGACGCAGGUCCGCAUCGUGAACCGCUCCUCAUGCUCCGGCACCUGCACGACGUCCUCCUCGACCCGACCCGGGCCGCCGCGUUGAGCAAGUGGGCCAAGCAUAUCCGCACCAAAUGGGCGCUCGCGCUGCUCCAGGACCGCUCGACACCGCCUCUCGCCGCCGUCCUCGUCCUGCGCAUCCUCGUGCGCCUCCUCCAGACGCAGGGGCACCCGUACGUCGCCAAGUUCUCCAACAGCGACAGCGGCUUCGCGUUACUGCGCGCCGCGCUCCCCCGUUUCUGGGCCCUCGGCCAGGUCCACCUCGCCCUGUUCGCCCUCCUCCACGGCCACGACAUCACGACGAUCCCGCUCGACGCCCCUUUCGCAGCGUCGACCCUACUCUCGUCGUCGGGCAAGGCGAUCGCUGCGGCGCCCGAGGUCAUCCGCAUCGUCAUCGCCGUCGUCGGUCAAGGCCUGAGCGUGCUCGACCGGGCGCAGGACGAGCCCGCCACGAGCCAGAGCGACGACGCGGCCGGCGCAGGUCAAGAUGCGUCAAGAGCGGGGCUCGAGCCCGGUUUCGGCGUCCUCGUCGAGCUCCUCGCGCAGGCGGGCCGCACGACCGCCGAGGAGGCGGACUGGCCACUCCUGAGCUCGCCCGUCGCGCUCAACGACCUCAUCCGCGUCCUGCAGCCCGUCAUCCGCCUUCCUCCAGCACCCGAGGGCCUUCCAGACGCCGAGAUGCCGCCGCUCCCGAUCCUCGCCGCGGCCAAAGGGUUCGAGCUCGAGCAGGCCGACGACGACAAGGGCGACCAGGCCUCAGCACCGGCCCAAGCGUCACCUCACGUCGCCCUCAGCAUCGACAAAACGCUCUCGACCGACCGAGGCGUCGACGACUCGCCGCCGCCGGCGCUCACCGCCUCGAGCCAGUCGGGCACCACCUGUUCGGCCGCGACCCUCGUCCUCGACAUCCUCGCGCAGCAGGUCACGCAUGGCAUCACGACGCGUCACGUGCGACAGACGUCGUCGAUCACGCCCUCGUUGGCCCAGUUCGCCUCGUCCGACCCGUCGCUGCAGCCGUUGCGCAUCCUCCUCGACGCCGGCGCGUCCAGCGACGUUCGCAGCCAGGUCGCCUUCCGCAACUCGCUGUUCAAGACGGUCCUACAUCGCCUCUCUCGUGCGAGUACGGCGCCGACGGUCGCCGGGCGGGUGUCCUCGCUCGUCGACGUCGCAACCUCGUUCACGGCACAAGGCUGGAUCGCCGACAUCCCGUUCGUCCUCGGCUUCGUCCUCGCCUACCUCGAGAAGCUGCUGGACGAGACGGCCUUGGUCGCCUCUCCUGUCCAAGCCGGGCUCACCGACAUCUUCUUCUCUUGCGCCGGCCGCCUCGUCCUCCUCGGCCUACUCGACCCGGCCAGCGUCACCGCCACCCUCAAGCUCCUCGCCCUGCACCAGCUCGUCGUCUUCUCGCCCCAGAACGAGGACGUCACCAAGAUUCGCCUCAUCCUGCAUCGCCUGGCCCGACUCGUCCGCAUCCCCGAACACGCCGACUCGGCCAUGCACGCCAUUCGGCUCUUUGCGCUGCAGCGCCCGACGGACGUCGACGCCGUCUUCUGCCGCAACGAGCAAGAUGGUUCGUCGGACGUCUCGGUCGUCACGCAAAUCGUCGAGGCGGACGACACGAACCUGUACGACCUCGUCAAGAUGCACGACGAGCAGCUCGAGCGCGCCGACUCGUCCUGGUACGACUUCCUCGUCGAGGAGAGCGCGCAGGGUCGCGAAGCCGUCGUCGCCGAGCUCGAGCGGAUGCGGGACCUCGCAGGGCAACUCGAGCAGAAGAGACUCGGUCAGCGUCGUCGCCUGCGCAAGCGUCGUCGCUCGGUGUCGGACUGGAAGGGCAGCGUGCAGGAGCAGGACCGUGCGAGGGCCGCUCAUGUCAAGCAAGACCGCGUCGAGCAGCAGGAGCGCGUCGCAGCAGAGUGGACGGGCCAGCUGGACGCGAGCGAGCGGCAACCCGAGGCGGGGCAUGGGCUCGUCUCCCUCGACUUUACCGAGGGUCCUCAUCGUCAACACAAGAAGCUCCUGGUCGAGAAGGUCACCAACUCGAUCGUCUCGGCGCGAGGAGCAGCAGCAGCAUCAUCAUCUUCAUCACCUUCAUCUCGAGCAGGACGCCAAGAUUCGCAAGGAGCUGUCGAAGAGCCUGCUACGUCGGCUCGACCAAGUUCGCCAGCAGCGAUCGACGACGGCGACGGUCAUGCUCAAGACGAGCCGAAACUCGAGCCUGAUCCUGAGGUCGAGGAGGACAAGCAGCGCAAGAUCGUGCGCCUACUCGAGCCGGGCGACGAGUUUCAAGCCGUGUACAACGUCUCGAGUAUCCGCGGCGUCGACUCGUACCCGGCACUCCUGCUCAUUGGGCGCAAGAGCCUUUAUCUCGUCGACGGCUACUUCUACACGGCGGCAGGAGACGUCGUCGCGAGCUGGGAGGCGCCGGACGAGGAGCGCGAUCUACAUCUUCAGACCCUUGCCGACCUCGCAGGCCGCAACACGCGCUCGCCGAGCUCAGACGCCCACCUUGCUCGACGGUGGACGUGGACCGACCUCCGCCAGGUGCACGAGCGACGGUUCCUGUUCCGCAACUGCGCCCUCGAGCUCUUCUUCGUCGACGGCCAAGGGUUCUUCAUCACGUUCUUGGGAGGCCGGCAAGCCGAUGCUCUCGCCGACCUGGCCGACCACUGCCCGCACGCCGUCGCGAGCGGAUCUCUCAGCUUCUCCGACCCGUCCUUCAGCGGCAAGCUCGGCGACGCGUUCCUCGGGCAGCGCACCAAGCUCGAGCGCAUGACCAAGCAGUGGGAGCAGCGUCAGAUCUCCAACUUCGAGUACCUCAUGUUCCUCAACACGUCGAGCGGCAGGUCGUACUACGACUUGACGUGCUACCCGGUCAUGCCCUGGAUCUUGGCCGACUACGACAGCCACGAGCUCGACCUCGACAACCCCAAGUCCUUUCGCGACCUCUCCAAGCCGAUGGGCUGCCAGACCGAGGACCGCAAGAACGAGUUCGUCAGCCGCUUCGACCAGCUCGGCGAGCUCGGCGAGAACGGCCCGGCGCCUUUCCACUUCGGCACGCACUACUCGUCGGCCAUCACGGUCACGGGCUACCUCAUGCGCCUCACGCCGUUCACCGAGGCGUACCUCGACCUGCAAGGCGGCUCCUUCGACCACGCCGACCGCCUGUUCUGGAGCGUCAAGCGCGCGUGGGAGUCGGCGAGCGCGCAGAACCGGAGUGACGUGCGCGAGCUCACGCCUGAGUUCUUCUACCUGCCCGACUUCCUCGUCAACGUCAACAAGCUGUCGUUCGGUCGGCGGCAAGAGAACGACGAACCUGUCGAGGACGUUGCGCUGCCGGCCUGGGCGAACGGCGACCCUCGACGCUUCGUCGAGCUUCAUCGCGAGGCCCUCGAGUCCGAGUUUGUCGGCACGCACCUUCACGGCUGGAUCGACCUCGUCUUUGGCUUCAAGCAGCGCGGCGAGGCUGCCGUCGAAGCGGUCAACGUCUUCUCGGCUCUGUCGUACGAGGGCGCCAUCGAUCUGGACGCCGUCACCGACGCCGACGAGCGCAAGGCCGCCUGCUCCACCAUACACUCGUUCGGCCAGACACCUCGUCAGCUCUUCGUCAAGCCCCAUCCUGUUCGCCGCCCUCGCCUCAAACCUCGAGCGACCCACCCCCUCUUUGCGCCCGACCUCGCCGUCGAGCAGGCGGCGCCUACCCUCGUCCAGUGCAUCUUGCCCGUCCUCUCGCUCGCCUCGGCGUCGCCCAUCGCGUUCAUCCACCCGCCACCCUCAUCCUCGGCGCCCGAGAAGGUCCGAGUCGAGCAGGCGCACGUCCUCGCCGUCCCGCACGUCGCCGGCUUGACCCUCCAGCACGGCUUCCUCGACGGGUCGCUGCGGGUUUUCGAGAAGGGCGUCAACGUGCCCAUCACCUUGCAGGAGGGCGGGCACACGGGCAGCAUCGUCGUCGCCUCCUUCGCCGACAACUCGACGCUCGUCACCGGCUCCGACGACUCUUCUAUCGUCGUGUGGCGGCUCGAGAUCCGCGUGACCGGUUCGAGCAAGUCGGUCCACCUCGCCAAGCUCGCCUCGCUGCGAGGCCAGCACUCGAGCGCGAUCGUGUCACUCGUCGCGAGCAAGGCCUACUCGAUCAUCAUCAGUGGCAGUACAUCGGGCGUCGCCGUCCUCUGGGACCUCAACCGGCUCAAGCCUGUCCGCCUUCUGGAUGGCCACGGCGGCCCCGUUCACGUCGUCGCUAUCAGCGAGACGACCGGCGACUUUGCCACCUGCGCCGGCUCAAUCUUGCGCAUCUGGAGCGUGAACGGCGUCCUCCUCGCCUCGCGCAGCAUGGGUAGCGCUACGCAGCACAUCACGGCGCUCGCCUGGUCCAAGAGCGAGACGGCGCCUGUCGUCGCCGUGGGCCUCAGCAACGGUCAAGUCGUCGUCCUCAAGAGAUCCCAAGCCUCGUCGACCUCGAGCGGCUGGUCCCUCGAGGUCGUCAGCUCGUUCCGCAUCGACGACCGCCUCGUCGCGGCGCCCGAUCCGCCCUCCUCUCGUCAAUCUCGACGGUCGCUCGCGCCGCAGGACGGCACGGACGCCGUCACGGCGCUCGCAUUUUCGACUCGAGCGCUCUACGCCGGCACGUCGAGCAGCAAGACGUACCUGUUCAACCCGCCGCCGACCGAGUUCUACCUCCCGGACUCGGCGGCGUCCUCGUGCAUGGCCUCGGGCUGCGGGACCAAGUUCAGCCUCGUCGAGCCUCGACGACGAUGCGGCGCGUGCGCCGGAAUCUUCUGCCUCCUCGACACGACGCGUUCGGUCGAGGCUGGAGGGCGCUUCUGCGGCGACUGCUUCUCUACGUUGUCGCCUCUCCUCGUGCAUUAGACGGUCGCCAGAGCAUGACGAUGUAAUACAUCAGGUCGUCGAG